AUGGCGGUGAGAGGGGGGAAGGAUAAGGCCGGGUGGCCUUUUUGCCCGAGCGGCUCACAGAGAGAGAGGCGGAGGGAGCUUGGGGAGGGGCGACCAGAGAGGAGACGACCGGCGGCGGCGGGAUUCCAGCAGAGAGGGAGCGGCCGGAGAAGAGAGGGAGAGACCGGAGAGAGGGGCGGCGGCGCCGGGAAAGAGGAGGGCAACGCCGGUGCUCGGGGAGAGAAGACCGGCAACGGCGGUGUCUCGGGGUGGCGCAGAGGAAAGGGGAGCGGAGGGAGGCGGUGGCCGGCGGGGACGGCGCGGGUUGGCGAGGCAGGAGGCGGCACGGCGCACCGAGAGGGAGACGGCGGCGCGCGCGGCGGAAGGGAAUCCGGCUGGGUGAAGGCUCCGGCGGAAAGAAGAAUGCUGGGAGGCGGUGCCCGGAGGAACGGCGCGGAGCAGCCGGAGGGGAUGGAGAGAUGGUGUGCGCGGCGACCUGGCGGCGGGCCGGCUGCGGGCGGCAGCGGCACGACGCGGCGCGACCAGGAGUGCGGUGCAGCACACACGCUGCGCUGGGGGCGACCGAGCAAGGGGAGGAGGGAGCUGGAGAGGGUGGCGUGCCUAGAAGAGAGGAGGUUGGCCGGGGCGGUGAAGCGCCGGCGGACCAGCACACACGACGGCAGCACGUGCGGCGACGCUGCGCGGCAGAUGUGGUCUCGGUCGGGCGGAGCUUGGCCCGGCAGCGCGGAAGAAGGAGCAGAGGGGGAGGCUCACCUAGGAUGGCCGGUGAUGCGGGUGGCGGCGCUGGCUGGCUGUGCUCAAGGCGGCCCAUGGUGGCUCGGCGCGAGCCGUUCUGGCCGGGGAAGCCGGUAG